UACAAAUGAAGUACAUAGAGCAAGGUUUUUUCAGUUUUCUGGAAGAAGUGACAGAGGCAAAUCGUGGAGAUCGAUGUACAGGAGAGAGACAAUGAACGGAACAGUACAUCAAGAGAGACAUCAACAGACUCAUUUUGCUGAAGGGAAAGACGACGAUGAUGACGUUGACGUCGACGGCGGAGGAGGAGGAGGGGAGUCCAUAGACGAUCCUUCUCAUCACAUUCGCUACGACCACAACUACCACCAUGCCCUCCACAACGGCGGCGCCGGCGCAACCAUGGAGGAGGCUGCUGCGCUGAAUGUUGUGGAAGGCGUUGCACAUAAUGCUCUCUAUGUCCCUGGCGUAGGAAGUAGCAAUCAGCUUACGCUCUCGUUUCGAGGCCAAGUGUUUGUGUAUCCAGACGUUUCACCUGAAAAGGUUCAGGCAGUGAUGCUGCUGUUGGAUGGAUAUGAAGUCCCUACUGGCACCGCUGCUGUCAAUGUGGCUUCCCAAAGUAAUUGGGCUUCAAGUGAAGGUCCUGGAAGAUUGAAUCAACCACAACGGGCUGCUUCUUUGAGUCGCUUUAGGGAAAAAAGGAAAGAACGAUGUUUUGAUAAAAAGAUUCGAUACACUGUUCGGAAGGAAGUUGCUCUUAGGAUGCAGCGUAAAAAGGGUCAGUUUACAUCUUCCAAGUCAAUCUCUGAUGAAGCGGGUUCUUCUUCUGCGGAGGGGAAUGCAGGCUCUAGCCAAGAAGAACCAGAAACAUCAUGUAGACAUUGUGGAAUUAGUUCGAAAUUCACACCUAUGAUGCGUCGUGGACCAGCUGGCCCAAGGUCGCUCUGCAAUGCAUGUGGACUUACGUGGGCCAAUAAGGGGAUUUUAAGAGAUCUUUCUAAAGUUUCGACUGCAGGAGCUCCGGAUCAUACUGUGAAAUCCAGUGAACAGAGCAAUGAUGAAGCGAAUGGAUCAGAUGCUAUGGCUGCUUCUGGUAUCAUUACUUCAGAUGAUGAAAAUACAGUGCUACCGCGUGAAUGAUAAAGAGCUCUAUUUUGCGGUCACCUCUGGUGGCACUUAAUCUUUCUUUAAGGUGAAAGACCUGAAAUUUAUAUGGUGUCUAAUAUCUGCCAAACUUUUGCAUACUUUUGUACAUUAGAAACUACAACUUAGGCAAAAUACGUAGAUAGAGGACCUUUGUUGCAUAGAUUUAGGUCAUAUCAUCUAGAGUUUUAUUCUGCUAUUCAAAUGUAAUUUAUUUUGAAUCUGUAUCCCAGAUAUAUACAACUCACUAAGCACGUAAGUGUUUUAAAAUAGUC